AUGGAGGCAUUCGAAACAUACCAGACUCCUCUCUCAAGCCGCUAUGCGAGCAAGGAAAUGGCAUAUCUUUUCUCUCCAGCCAAUCGGUUUUCGACCUGGCGUCAACUAUGGCUGAACCUCGCCAUCGCAGAAAAGCAGCUCGGGCUGCCCAUUUCAGAAGAGGCCAUCGAGCAAAUGAAGGCGAACUUGAACCUCACGCCGGAGCAGUUCGAGAUCGCCGCUCUCGAGGAGAAGAAGCGUAGACACGACGUAAUGGCGCACGUUCAUACGUUCGGGAAGGUCGCCCCUGCCGCGGCGGGCAUCAUUCAUUUGGGAGCGACGUCGUGCUAUGUGACUGACAACGCAGACCUUAUCUUCCUGCGACAGGGCCUGGGGUACCUCAUUAGGUCGCUCGGAAUACUGAUCUCCCGCCUAUCCGCUUUCGCAGCGCAGUACAAGGAUCUGCCGACGCUGGGUUUCACCCACUUCCAGCCGGCCCAGCUCACCACGGUCGGAAAGCGUGCGACGCUCUGGAUCCAGGAAUUGCUUUGGGACUUGAGAAACCUCAAACGCGUGCGGGAUGAUAUUGGGUUCAGAGGUGUGAAGGGCACGACGGGGACGCAGGCGAGUUUCUUGACGCUGUUCGAUGGGGACCACGCGAAGGUGGAAGAACUCGAUGAGCUCGUAACAAAGCUCACGGGCUUCGAAUACGCGUACCCCGUUACCUCCCAAACGUAUUCACGAAAGAUCGAUGCCGACGUACUCGCCCCUCUCGCCUCGCUCGGCGCGACCGCCCACAAAAUCGCCACCGACAUCCGUCUGCUCGCCAACUUGAAAGAGGUCGAAGAGCCGUUCGAGUCGACUCAGAUCGGGUCGUCGGCGAUGGCGUACAAGCGCAAUCCUAUGCGUUCUGAACGUGUUUGUUCUCUUUCGAGGCAUUUGAUGGUUCUUCAUCAGAACGCACUCAUGACGAGCAGUGUUCAGUGGUUUGAACGCACUUUGGAUGAUAGCGCUAAUCGCAGGAUCACCCUUCCCGAAGCCUUCCUAACCGCCGACAUCGUCCUCUCGACAAUGCAGAACAUCUCCGAAGGGCUCGUCGUCUACCCAAAAGUCAUCGCCCGCCGCAUCGCGCAAGAGCUGCCCUUUAUGGCGACCGAGAACAUCAUUAUGGCCAUCGUCAAGAAGGGCGGGGACAGGCAAGAGGCGCACGAGAAGAUCCGCGUCCUCUCGCAUGAGGCGGGGCACCAGGUCAAGCAGCUCGGGUUGGAGAACGACUUGAUUGAGCGCAUUCGCGCCGAUCCGUACUUCGAUCCUAUCAAGGGAGAGCUGGAUACGCUCCUUGAUCCUGCGAGCUUCAUUGGACGGGCGCCAGAGCAGGUGGAUGCAUUCUUGGAGAAGUGGGUCAAACCAGCGCUAGACGAUCCAGAGGUCAAUGACGCGAUCUCGAAGAGCCAGAAGGUGGAGCUGAGUGUCUGA